UCUAAUGGGAAUUCUGUUUACAGUGGGCCGCAAGGUGACAAUUUGAAUAAAUGACAUAACCACGAACUCUGUCAAUUGUCAAAUUAUCUUGUUUACUUGUAAUUUUUAAAUUAGCAUUAAGUGAAAUUACUGCGUUUCUACCGUUUUUAAUUGCAAUCCGUUGAAAGAAAUGGCUACUUUGGAAGAUAAAAUAUUGGGGGAAAAGCUCCACAAUUAUUGUAGUAGCAGCGAAGAGAGUGAUAAUGAUGAAUCAGACUCUGAAGAAUCUAAUAAAAAUCCACCUAAGGAGGAAAGUGCUCCUCCUCCGGAAGUAAAUAAGUGGGAAGGUACCUCCACAAACACCGGUCCUAAAGGAGUCAUUAAAGACUGGCAAAGAUACAAACAAUUGGAGACUGAACGCAGGAAAGAAGAUGAAAGGGAGAAAAUUGAACUAAUGAAAAAACUAACAUUAACAGUUCAGACUGCACUAGAUGAAGAACGUGAGAAAGCCGCUCUAGAAGAUCCAGAUUUGGCAGAACUUUUAGAUGAUGAAUUCUUGGUUAGCUAUCAGAAGCAGCGCAUGCAAGAAAUGUUACAACAAACUAACCAUAAUAUUAAGUUUGGUAAACUUAUUAUGUUACAAAAUGGGCAAGAAUUUCUCGAUGCCAUUGACAAAGAACAUAAAUCAGUCACAAUUAUUGUGCACAUUUAUGAGGACAACGUUGAUGCAUGUAGGGCGAUGAAUGUCUGUUUAACCACUCUGUGCAAGGUUUACGAAAAUGUAAAGUUUUGUGCAAUAGUAGGUUCUCGUGCCGGUAUGAGCAAAAAGUUCAAACUGGAUGGAGUACCAGCCUUGCUUAUUUACAAGUCAGGUAAUUUAGUGGGCAACUUCAUUCGUCUUUCUGAUGAUUUAGGAAAUGAUUUUAUGCCUGAUGAUGUACAAGGAUAUUUGGUGGAACAUGGUAUACUUGAAGAUAAAAGCUGUACUCCUUUGAUUAUUAGAAACUCGGCUAAUGAUAGUGAUAGCGAUUAAUACUUGUAACAUAAGCUUAAACCAUUGGUGCUGUUUCUUUAUGUGUUCAUGUACCGAUGUGCUAUGAAAGUAUAUUCAUGUAAACUAGUUUCUUCUAUGAACUACAAAUAUUUCAUACUUUUUUAGUGCAAUAAUCGAUUUUUUGGUUAAUAUGAACUAAUUCAUAAAAAUUCUUUAUUGAAUGAACUAGAUUGUUUACAUGUAGAAUAGACAAAUACGUUUUACUAACAAUUUUCUUAAUUUCAACUUCCAUCUAUAAAACCAUAUUUGAAAACUUGAGGCUUUUCUAAUUAAGUAUUAUAAAAAUACAUUUAUGAAAUAAGUAAAUUAUUUCAUACAAAAAUAGAAUAAAAAUGUUUUAUUUUCAUGUUAUUUAUUACUUAUUUUUGUUGUACUUGAACUGAAUUUAUCAGUUCAGUCAGUCAAUUUUUCACAGCAUAUUUUUGACACUUAUUUUUAAACAUCACAGAUUUAGAACCUUAGAAUACCCAAUUUAGUUGUUUCUACAACUUCAUCCUCAAGUCCAUUUUCUUCUUAUUUUAAAUAUAUCAAUAAUUUUUAAAUGAUAGUUUUUUAUUGGUAUCUUGUCCACAUAUUACAAAAGUAGUAGUUUUAAUCAAAUAAAAAGUUAAUAACAUAUAAAGUUAUAAAAAUUGUAUAAAAAUAUUAUUUUGGGGACUUGAAACAUUAAUGUAAUAGUUAAAAAUUUUAUUAGCCAUCAUUCCAUUCUCCAGGAGUACCAUAUGGACUGAUAUUUUGAAAUCUUGAGUUUUUGUGUACAGAACAAUUUUUAAAGACUUGACUGGAUCAUUAAACUCUUGAAUGUUAACACAGAAUUCUUUGAAAUAAAUGUACAAGUAAUAAAGCUUCUUAGACAAAUUUAGUUAGUUAUUUAUUUGUUUAAUGUAUUAAUUUAGAUUUAUUUAAUAACUCCCACAAAUAAAACUUCUUUAUGUAAUUAGUCUCAAACAUUUGGCGGACAGACAAAUUCUUAUAAAUUUAAAUGAAAACUUUGUUGUAUUUCCAUUAUAUAACGUAUUCUUACAGCAAUUAUUGACCAUCUUAAAAUAAGUGUAGUAAUUUACAUGUCAAAUUUUAUUUUUGUUGUAUUUAAGUUCUAUAUAUUAUAUAAAGUAAUAUUAUAUUAGAAAUAUAUUAGAAACAUGAUCAUUAAUUUUGACUUCUUACAUUUUCAUAAACUUUUUAUAUACCUAUACAAUUUUAUACUAUAUAGUAGUUGUAAUGUUGUCUAUACAAAACUUAAAUUUUUGAAAGACUCUGUGACUAAUGAACAAAUUAAUAUUUUUUAACAGAGCAUUUAAAACAUAUUUAUAUAAAAUGUAGUCAUCGGUUUGUUCAUUUUGUCAUCUGUUUAAAACAUAUUGAUCUCAGGUUGAGGCUCUAUGAUAAUAUGAUUUAUUUUUUAUUAAACUGUAUUAAAUAUAAAAUCGAAAACCAAAGUACAUUUGGGAUCAGUAUUAUGUACUAAUUGACUUCUUGUUUGUUAUAAUUUUAGUAAAUAAAUACAUCUGAAGUAAA